UUUCACAUUAGCUGAGUGACAUUACUGACUGCUGUAAAUGUACGUUCAACGGAACUUGGAACAAUCCGCUACUUCAAGUUGCUUCGCUUGCUAACAUUAGCCGCUGCGUCGCCGAACUCAAUUGAAAAUCUUACGAUUUUCCAGGGACCUGCUUAUGGACAGUGUUCACCUCUACGGACCAUCUGUUUCUACCGCAAUAGUAGAUAACAGGCAGCCCUUAGCGAGACAAUCUUAUAUUGUAUUAGGUUGCUUGUAAGUAAACAACACAAUGAGGCUGGUCAUUCUGGACGACUAUGACCUGGCUAGUGAGUGGGCAGCAAAAUACAUCCGCAACAGAAUCAUCCAGUUCAAGCCGUCCGCUGACAGAUACUUCAGUCUGGGCCUGCCUACAGGGAGUACUCCGUAUGGCUGUUACCAGAAGUUAAUUGAAUACUACAAAAGCGGUGAUCUCUCCUUCAAAUAUGUGAAAACCUUCAACAUGGAUGAAUACGUUGGUUUGCCUCGUGCUCAUCCAGAGAGCUAUCACUCCUACAUGUGGAACAACUUCUUCAAGCACAUCAACAUUGAUCCAGCCAAUGCUCACAUUCUGGAUGGAAACGCAGAAGACCUGGAGGCAGAGUGCCAAGCUUAUGAGCAGAAGAUUGCAGAGGCCGGAGGGAUCGACUUGUUUGUAGGAGGUAUUGGCCCUGAUGGUCACAUAGCGUUCAAUGAGCCAGGUUCUAGCCUUGUUUCCAGGACCAGAGUGAAAACCCUGGCUAAGGACACCAUCGUGGCCAAUGCUCGUUUCUUUGGCAACGACCUCUCCAAGGUUCCCACCAUGGCUCUGACUGUAGGUGUAGGAACUGUCAUGGAUGCCAAGGAGGUGAUGAUUCUCAUCACAGGGGCACACAAAGCCUUUGCUCUGUACAAAGCCAUUGAGGAGGGAGUGAACCACAUGUGGACAGUUUCAGCCUUCCAGCAGCACCCACGCACCAUCUUUGUUUGUGAUGAAGAUGCCACCCUGGAGCUACGAGUCAAAACAGUCAAAUAUUUUAAAGGUUUAAUGCAUGUUCAUAAUAAACUGGUGGACCCGGUGCUCAGCAUAAAGCCAGACCAGUAAAACAGAGAUCACCAAGGAAGAGAACUGAACAUGUGAAGAUGUCAAAGAUCCCCGGAUCCUACGUGAUCGGACAGCCUUAUUGCUCUGGUACUGUUCUAUACCUGAGGAACUGUUGAGCCAGUGUUUGAGUGACUCUCCUGCCGUGCAUAUUGUUCAUUCGUAGACUUGAACUGCCUUUGGAUUGUGUUAGCUUCUGAUUGGUCCAGUUUUUAAUGACAGGUGAAUGAUCUUGCAUUUUAGAUGUAAUCAUGAAACGCCUGCACUCUUUCUUUGUUUAACCGUUUGGAUUUAAACGAUAGCACCAGCUGACUUUUUUUUUUUUUUGAAUCGCUGCUGGUGGUGAUAGGUUGGCCCUCUUCAUUUUUGUUUAGCAUGAGAAAUUUGAAGGCUCGAGUUGAAGUCCUGACAGUAAACAGAAAGCCUUCAUUUUGUUCGGUGUCAAGUGAACUAAGAAUGUCUCUGGUCUCUGUGAAUGCACUUUGUUUUUUCAUCAAUGAUUCAUCCUCCAGUUGAUGAUUGCCCGGAGGAAGCAGAUGCUACAUGUUUAUUCAUAAUAUCUAUUACAUCAACAAGCAGUUCUGAAACUUACUUAAAUGAAUGUAAUGAAAAGUGACCAUCGACUUGUUUUGUACUGUAUACUUUAUCAGCUCCUUGCUUCUCCUUCGCUGACAGUCACACUAACAACUGCCAAACACAGCCACAGUGCACCGCAGGUCACGAGUGUCCAAGCACUAAAUUUCCUUCAAAUGAAGCACACUAAAAAAGUGGUUUAAUGUCACCAAAUGUCUUCUCAGCUGUCAUCAAGUUAGAAACUUUGGUCAGGUGAUAACAGAUGAUUGUAUAUGAAGGACAUAGUGACGUCUGCCUCUGGUCAGAUUUGAGCGUCCUCCUUGAUGUUUCUCUGGUUGUCCGCUGACUCCUGGUUGAUGACCUUUGACCUCUUGGCAGUGCAUGCUAUCAGACAUUUUGGUCUGGUGUUCGCAGACCCCCUGCCAGCUCUGCUGCAGCAGUGGCCAGUCCCUCCUCGAGCCUACUGUUCUGUGCAUGCAAAGUGAAAGGUUCAGUGCAGUUGUAGUAUCAGACUAAGUGUAAACUAGACCUUGAGACAUUAUUUACCCCAGUGACUGACAAAAAGUUCCUCUCAUAUGCAACAGCAUCCGGAUUCAUGAUGCAUCUGCUCAACACUUCAGUUGUAUAGUCAGUAUCCUUUUGCAGCCUUUUACUUGGUUUCUGUGUAAUGGUGUUUUGUUACAACAUUCCUUCCUUGGUUUUCUUAUAUUCUUAUGUAUUUUCUACUGUGUAUUAGGCUGAUCCAGACUUGUCUGUGUUCUUGCACAUAUACUGUAGUUUUUAACUCUUUAUUUUCUAAUGACAAUAAAAAUCUUUGC